AGUCAAAGCUUUUCUUCAUUCGUUUGCUUCUGGGCUUCCAUAAUCACAAGCAAAGGUGCGAGCUUUCUUCUCUUUCUCACUCUGGAGCUGGAGAGCGAAGGAGAGGGAGGGAUUCGGGAUGGGGCAAAGGGGAAGUUUGACGCUGGUGCUGGUGAACCUGGCCGGGAUCAUGGAGCGUGCCGAUGAGGCGCUGUUGCCGGCGGUGUACGAAGAGAUUGGCAACGCGUUGCACGCCACGCCCACUGGUCUUGGUUCUCUAACUCUCUUCCGCUCCAUUGUUCAAUCGGCUUGUUACCCUCUUGCUACGUAUAUGUCCGUGCGGUAUAACCGCGCCCAUGUUAUCGCCCUCGGCGCUUUCCUUUGGGCUGCUGCCACAUUCCUCGUUGGUCUCUCCUCCACAUUCCUUCAGGUGGCAAUUUCGAGAGGCUUGAAUGGUAUCGGACUAGCCAUUGCAGCUCCUGCCAUCCAGUCUCUUAUUGCCGAUUCCACUGAGGACCAUAACAGAGGCACAGCUUUUGGAUGGUUUCAACUGACUAGUAGUGUUGGUUCAAUUCUCGGUGGCCUCUUUUCUCUCUUACUAGCUCCAACUUCAGUCAUGGGAAUCGAUGGUUGGAGACUUGCUUUCCACUUGGUUGGAAUAAUAAGUGUCAUAGUAGGAAUAUUAGUUCGACUUUUUGCAAUUGAUCCACACUACAUGAACAGUGACAUUAGACAUGCUGACCAGAUGCCGCGCAAGUCUGUAAAAGAGGAAGUGAUUGAUCUUUUCAAGGAAGCCAAGGCUGUGAUAAAAAUUCCAUCAUUCCAGAUUAUUGUGGCUCAGGGGGUUACCGGGUCAUUCCCUUGGUCUGCACUUGCGUUCGCUCCUAUGUGGCUUGAGCUCAUUGGUUUUUCACAUGCGAAAACAGGUUUUCUAAUGAGCAUGUUUGUGGUGGCAGUCUCACUUGGAGGACUCUUCGGAGGGAAGAUGGGGGAUUUCCUGGCAAAACGUUUUCCAAAUUCGGGAAGGAUAGUCCUAUCUCAGAUUAGUUCUGGCUCGGCUGUUCCACUUGCAGCUGUUUUGCUUCUGUUCUUGCCUGAUGAUCCGUCCUCAUGGUUCUCACAUGGGCUUGUUUUGUUUAUCAUGGGAUUGAGCAUCUCAUGGAACGCUCCGGCUACUAAUAAUCCAAUAUUUGCAGAGAUAGUACCAGAGAAAGCACGAACAAGCAUUUACGCAUUGGAUAGAACCUUUGAGUCUGUAUUGGCAUCGUUUGCUCCUCCAACCGUCGGCAUUCUAGCAGAACACAUGUACGGCUUCAAACCGAUACCUUACCGGCAGGAGAAGAACACUGUAGUUCAAGUAGACAAAGAUAAUGCUGCAGCAUUAGCGAAGGCCCUAUUCACUGCUAUAGUGAUCCCGAUAUCACUAUGCUGCGUCAUCUAUUCCUUUCUGUACUGCACAUAUCCUAGAGACAGAGAGAGAGCUAGAAUGAGUGCUUUGGUGAAUUCAGAAAUGCAACAGAUUGAGUUGGAAAAUUCUCUUGCAUUGGAAGAUAUACAUGGAAAAGAUAGCAGAGUUAUUGAUUUGGUUUACACAGGCAAAGAUUUUGAUAUCGAUGACAAUGACAAGCGGCGAUUACUCCCUGAGCAUAAUUCCUUAUCAAAUGGGGAACAAUAUCGAUGAUAUACAUAAACAUUACUGAUGUUCUCAUGUUUUUCAAAGUAUAUCUGAUAAAAGAACAAGCAUAGAAAGUUUGUUUUGAUUUGAAAUGUAAUUCAUGAUUGGAUGAAUCCCACAUAUAUACGAGACCCACAUUCACA